AUGGAGCAAAGUGAGAAUGGAGAUUUCCCACCAAAACCACUAAUUUCGCUUAGAACACCGGAGGAGACUGUUACAGAGAUCUCUUCUUUCCCGCCAAAAAUCCGAAUGAAGCAGCUAGAUUUCAGAAUGCUUCCGGCUUCGCCGAAGUCGGUGGUGCCACAUUUGCUUCCGCGGACUCCACUGUCCACAAGAAACUUUGAAUCCCCAAGAUCACAGCCACAGGCUAACAUCAAAGCAAGCAAUGGUACUCCAAAGCGUAAAAAACAUUGCAAUUGCAAGCAAUCAAAGUGCUUAAAGUUGUACUGUGAGUGCUUUGCCUUCGGAAUAUACUGUGAUGGAUGCAAGUGUGCUGAUUGUUAUAACAAUGUUGAGAAUGAGGCUGCAAGACAAGCAGCUGUUGAAUGUAUUCUAGAGCGCAACCCAAGUGCAUUCAGGCCAAAGAUUGAGAGCAGCCCACUUAGAACUCAGGAAAAUGUGAGUCCAACGGUUGGGAAACACAGUAGGGGAUGCAACUGCAAGAAAACAGGGUGCCUUAAAAAGUAUUGUGAAUGUUUUCAAGCUAACAUCCUCUGUUCUGAAAACUGCAAAUGUGUGGGCUGCAAGAAUAUUGAAGGAUGUGAGAAGACGCUCACUAUUUUACAUGGGGACCACUCUAAUACUAAUACCUGUAUCCAGCCAGCCAAUGCUGCCAUAUCUGAUUCUAUUGACUUCUUAGGCAACAGAUUCUUUCCAGCAUUAGGGAAAAGAAAAGGUCAUGGACUCCUUGAUUCAAAUGAGAGGGAUGCACAGAGUCAGAGGCUCAUGCAGCAUCAGGAGCUAGUGAAUCCUCUCGGGAGUUAUGAUCCUGCUCAUCAAGUUGUUGGUUCUACUUUAUUGCAUUCCUCAAAGUUUGCAUAUAGAUCAUUAUUAGUAGACCCGGAAGACAUAAAAAAGCUUUGCUCAAGAUUGGUGAGAGCAUCAGAGUUUGCUCCUAUACUUGCAGAGAAAAAUAGUGUGCCAGAUGAGUGGGAGUUGAGAGACAAUGACACUGCAAGUCUUCUUGCAGGCCAGGACAAAGAAAACUGCCAGGGAGAACCUGACACUCAGAAAAAGCCUGACAACCAUCUUAGUGAGAAUAGAGCUGAUGCAAUUGGCACAAAUGAUUUUAGAUCUGGUGUCUACAUGAAGAAAGAAAGGCUUGUGUUGGAACAUUUCUUGAGUUUCCUUAAGAAACUCAUCAUGUUGGGUGACAUGUAAGGCAGUGGCAUUUCAAGAAGCCAGAGCUGACAGGUUAGCAGGCAGGAAACAGAGAGUUGCAGUGGCAUCCCAGAAAAUUCUGAAAGAAUUCCAGCUUCAAAUACAGUUACUGCAACUUGUAGCAACAACGUACCGUAGGGUUUGUGUAUCACACAGGACGUUGAGU